CUCUGCGGGGAUUUAGGGGUUAAACCUCGGACUCGUUAAUACCCAUAUCUGCCACACGGUGGGGGCCGGAGGAGGCUGCCUGUCUCCGGCUUCACUUCGCUUUGUUAUUCCCGUCGAGCAGGAGGUCAGUCAGUCCGCUCCGCACCGCACCGCACGCACACAGACAGACCGCCCCGCACACACCGGACAGGACCCCCCGCACAGGACACGACUACACGUCUCACCGCACGUUUAACGCAAGAAGAGGAAAAACACAUCCAGCAUCAUGGGGAAAGGCUGCAUGACGGCGACCAAAUACUUCCUGUUCCUCUUCAACCUCAUCUUCUUCCUGUGCGGCGCCCUCAUCAUGGGCUUCGGACUGUGGCUCCUCCUGGACAAUCAGAGCUUCAUCGUCGUCCUCAAUAACUCCACAUCUGUAAAGGUCGGCUGCUACAUCCUGAUCGGCGUCGGAGCUUUCUCGAUGCUCAUGGGCUUCCUCGGCUGCUUGGGGGCCAUUUAUGAGAUCCGCUGUCUGCUCGGCCUGUACUUCACCUGCCUCCUGCUGAUCCUCAUCGCUCAGGUAGCAGCCGGCGCUCUCAUCUACUUCCAGAAGGACGUGCUAAAUGACGAGAUGUCCAAGAUCGUCUCCAAAGUGCUGGACAACUACCCCGGCAACAACUCGACCACAGAGCAGGCCUGGGACUUCAUCCAGAGGAAUAUGGAGUGCUGUGGUUGGACCGGCCGUCUCGACUGGAACGGUAACAUGGUCAUCGUCAACAGCUCCCAGCUGCUGUUUCCGUGCUCCUGCCAGAACAUCUCGCUCGCCUCCGGAAACUUCUCCGACAGCGGCUUCUGCGAGGCUCCGACGGCCGAAUGGCCCGUAUACGACGUGGGCUGUGCUGCCAGCGUGGAGAGCUGGCUCCUCACCAACAUCGGCGUCGUCCUCGGUAUCUGCCUCGGAGUGGCUCUGAUCGAGCUGCUCGGGAUGAUCCUGUCCAUCUGCCUGUGCAGAAACAUCCACACGGAGGACAUUUACACCAAAGUGCCAAAGUACUAAACGAAGCUCAUCGGAGGACGCCACAACGCCGUCGUCGUCGUUGUCGUCGUCGUCGUCGUCGAGCUUGCAGAUGCACAGAAACAAACGAGAGAGGGAAGAAGUGAAAUAAUGUUUGUUUGUUUUCUCCACCCUGUAUUUGGUGAAACAUUUUGUCCAAAUGUAAAAUAAUGUUUGCUUUAUGGUUUGUUAGAUUCUCUUUAGGCACUCUUUGUUUUGUCUUUGUGUCGGUCCAGUUUCUUCGGAGCACUUUAGAGACUUUUCUUUUGUUUGUUUUUUGGAUCAGACGGCGAUGCUGAAAAUGUUUUUUGUGAAAUUGGAGAAACCUGAUGGCGGCUAAAUUACACCGGGCACGGAUUUCCGCCGAAAGCUAAUCUCGGACGUUCAACUCGACGUUUCAAACCCCACCAGAAGCGCUGCGGUCCGGUUCAGAAGCCUCCGGCUUCGGCUGUUUUUAUUUUUGACGGUUGCCGUCUUGUUUCUGUGCCAAGACAGGAAGUCAGGCACAGAAACCGCAUAGAACAUCUGGUUGAUUUUCAAAAUAAAAUGCCCAAAAGAGAAACAAUUUAACUAUGUAGCAUAUUUACAUAUUUAGAAGCACCAUAAAUCAAGAAAAUGACCAAAUUUGAGCACGUUAACAAAGUCUGGUGGGGAAUUGCUUCUGGAACCAAAACAGCGUUGUGGCUGCAACGUGACAGAGACGUGCUCGGUGGCGUUUUUAGUGAAAUUUCAAAAUCAAUUUGAAGCGUCGCCGUCCAGCGGAUGGCUGUUUUCUAUUUCUGCGGACGUCGCAAUAACAGUUCGAGCUAAUCGGAUGUCAGACACUGCAUCAGGAAUUCAGGCCAAUUUUCAAAAUAAAAGACCCUGUGCAAACUUCCAAACAUAAAAACAGACAAAAGAUUUAACCAUGCAGCAUAUUUACAUUUAGAAGCAGAUAAACUGUAAAAAAUGAUCAAAUCUGAACAAGUUAGCAAAGUCUGGAGGGCGUCUGAACGUUCCUGGUUGGGUUUGAAGUCGCGUGGAGGACGGAACGUGUCGCGGAGACGUGCCUGGCGAGGUUUCGUCGUAAGAAUUGAGCUGAUAAAUUUGAGGUUUCGUGCUCUCAGGCUCGGUUUCUCUGUAACUUUAUCGCUUCAUGAUUUUAAGUUUCCCUAGAAAAUCUGAAGAGGAAUCAUGUUUGUUUGUGUGACAUGACCGAAGUUUGGGAGGUUCAACUGGAAAAAAUCCACGACCGUGAUGUUUGUUUUUGUUUUUUUUUAUUUUAAUUUUUAUACACCAGCGUUUUUGAGUUCUUGUGAAAUGUUUUUAGUACUUUGUAUAUAAUUUUAGUCAUUUAUUUGUGUGAAUUUGAAUCCAAAAAAAACAAAAUACUGCCAGUGUUUUCUUCAGCAGCUGGUCUCUCCUUUUUACUUUUUGAAUUGUUCUGGUAAUAAUCGAAAUAAUGAGGUACUAAAGAAGAACAUUUAUGAUGCUGAAAAGUGUCACUCCCAGUUUACAAUUGUCUGUGAAGACAAGCUUUUUUUUAAAGGUAGCUUUAAGUUCAUAUUCUACCCAUUUUAAUGUAAAACAGAGUUUCUUUUAACCACUUUGAACUUAAAAUACCAUAAAAGACGAGACGUCAGAUUAUUUUCGGGGGGAGAUUCAUCUUGGGAAAAAUCAUUUUGAAAUUGAUUUAUUUUGAACUCACAGCCGAGAUGUUUUGUUGUUUUUAUAAUGUACAAAUCCACCAUCCUGUUUUCUCUUUAUGUACAGUCUGUAUGAAAAACACUUCAUUAACCUUUAUAAUAGAUUAAGACAAAAAAAGGGUACGUAUGUUUAUAACUAGAUGGAUUUCUGGUAGCUAGCUGGAUUGGUAAGUGUGUACUCACAACGUUCAUUAUAUUUCAUUUUGCCAAUAAACCGAUUACAAGAC